AUGUUACUUUAUCAUAAUUCGGACCCGUUAUCUGCGGCCAAUGGGACAGUUGGAAUGAAUUCCCUCGAUAUCCAGGUCUCUCAAGGCUUGGUCAAGUACUGCUCUCAAGUAAAGAAUUUCACGUCGGAGAUAGCUACAUUCAAAGCUAAAGCAGAAAGCAUUCACGGGAUUUUACAAAAUUUCGAAAGUUUGGUGAGGAAGACGGAACAUUUAGAUAUUGUAUGUAUGUCAAAACGCUCUAGAUGGUAUGAUACUGAAAGUCGAACAGGGAAGACAGUACUCGCCAUCAAGCAGAUAUAA